CUGACCAACAUGGCUCCACACCCGGUGGUGCAGGCCAUCAUCGAUCUUUCUGCAGGAGCUAUAGGGGGAGCUGCAUGUGUCUUCAGCGGGCAGCCUCUGGACACAGCCAAGGUGAAGAUGCAGACCUUCCCCACGCUGUACCGAGGUUUCAUCCACUGCCUCGUGUCCACGUACAAACAAGUAGGCGUGCAUGGUCUCUACCAGGGCACCACGCCGGCGCUGAUGGCCAACAUCGCAGAGAACUCGGUACUCUUUAUGAGCUACGGCUUCUGCCAGCAGGUCAUCCGCUUUGCAGCUGGACUGCACAAAGAGGCCGUGCUGAGUGACGUGCAGAAAGCCUGCGCCGGAUCAGUUGCGUCGAUCUUCUCCUCUCUGGUGCUCUGCCCCACCGAGCUUGUGAAGUGUCGACUGCAAGCCAUGCAUGAAAUGGAGGCAUCGGGCAAGAUCGCCAAAAGUCAGAACACCGUGUGGUCGGUGGUGAGAUCCAUCAUGAGGAACCAGGGCCCGCUGGGGUUCUUCCAGGGCCUGAUCCCGACCAUCGCCAGAGAGGUGCCGGGUUACUUCUGCUUCUUCGGCGCCUACGAGCUCUGGCGCACGGCGUUCGCUGAUUACAUGCAAUGUGACAAAGACGACAUAGGUGUCGCUCCGACCGUCUUCAGCGGCGGUUUCGGCGGGGCGUGCCUCUGGCUGGUGGUCUACCCUAUGGACUGCGUUAAAUCCCGGAUCCAGGUCAUGUCUAUGACGGGCAAACAGGCGGGCUUCUGCAGAACCUUCAUGACCAUCGCUCACACUGAAGGCGUGAGGGCGCUCUACUCGGGCCUCACCCCCACCAUGGUGCGCACCUUCCCGGCUAACGGCGCUCUGUUCCUGGGUUACGAGGCCAGCCGGAAGCUCAUGAUGAAGCAGUUCGACGGCUGAGCUCAGCGCGUCGAUCCAAACCCAGACGGUUCCUAAAACUGCCACACUCCC